GCUAAAAAAGAUGGAAGUGCUGUGAAAGUGGUUUGUACUCCUUAGCAUCCUACCCUAGAGGAAACAAAACAGGUUCGAUAUCCGGUGAAAUUUCUUCUCAGAAAGAGUGACCAGCUGUUGGAACAGCCUUCCUGGGAAGUGGUGGAGUCAUCGUCCCUGGAGGUGUUCCAGAACUGUGGAGAUGUGGCACUGAGAGACAUGGUUAGACCAUAGUUUAGACACAAGAACUUGUUGGAUCCUAACAACUUGAGUACAGAGGCAAAGAAAGGACUAUUGCUUUUGGAUGUAAAAAACGGCAACUUUUAGCUAUUUGCUUGGAAGGCUAUCCUGUUGGGAAUUACAAGCCAUUGAGCCAGCAACUUCCUUCAUUUAGGUUUGGUUCAACACUCAGAAGAGUCGUCAAGAAGUGUUUCCUCAAUGGAGGAUGACAUUGAUGCUGAGCAGAGCUUCUGGGCUAAUUUACCUGAUGUCUGUCUGAGGCAUGUCUUCCACUGGUUAGAUGACAAGGACAGAUCUCGAGCUGCAUUGGUCUGUAAAAAAUGGAAUCAGGCCAUGUACUCAGGAUCCCUCUGGAGAACCAGAACCAUCACAUUCAAUGGCCAACCAUCAAGGGCACAUGCAUUUGAAUUUGAAACUGCACUGUGGUACGUCAAGCAAUUUGGCAAGUAUUUGGAACACCUUGAAAUCAAGUUAUUGCAUCCUUACAGUACUGUCUUUACCCGAAAAUUUCAAGUGUCUAUGAGAGGCCUUCUCUCACACUUGGGUAAGUGUAACUGUCGCCUAGUAUCCUUGAGCAUCAAGCACCUCGAAUUAGAUCGCUUGGUCUGGAAAAACGUAGUCAGGGCUCAGUUUAUCAAGAACUUAGGUACUUUCCUGAAAAGAAUGAGCAAACAGCUUAAUUAUCUCAACUUAAAAGGAGCAAGAGUAACCUUGGAAGAAGGCUGCCAGCUUCUGAAUUCCCUGAGCUGCCUGACUAAUAAAAGUUUUAUAUCUGAAAUAAAUAUUGAGGAUUUCUUCAUUCUCCAUCUUCCUGUCUACAGCAGCACCUUGUUCCACCAUACUGUGUCCAAGUUCCACAGCCUUGUUAUCCUGACUUUCAGUUAUAACUGUGUCUCUGAUGAACUGCUGGACAUUCUGUGCAAGAACAGUGCUCAUUCCCUGUGCACCUUGAAUAUCAAAUGUCAUAUCCAUGACCCUCAUGGGCAAGUGGUCUGGGGAAUGUCAUGGGCCAACUUGGCCAAAAAAGCCCCAAGAUUGAAUGUGAACUUCUUCUUUGAAAGAGUCAUGAAGCAUGAACAUCUAGCCAGGAUCCUGCUAGUGGAGAUCCCAGUCAGGAGCAUCAGUUUACGGAGCUGCUAUUUCAGGGACCCAGACUGGAUGAUGAGACCUACCCUUACCACCAUCCUCCCAGCCUACUGGCAUGUGCUGCAGAAAUUAACCCUUGAAGUAAACAAUGACAAUGAGCUGCUGGAUGAUGAGCUACUGCAGCUCAUCUUAUCAUGCAGGAGGUUGUUUUUUCUGAAAGUCUGGGCAUUUCUUAGUGUCACUUUUAUGGAGAGGUUGCUACAUAGUCGUGCAGAAAGGAAAUGCUUUUUGACUACAAUAAAGGUCAGGAUUUAUACGUCUCGACAAGAGACCAGUGAGGAGGAUCGGCUGUUGCACAAUAUUUACAAGAAGUUCAAAAAUCUGAUUGACUCAGAGCUUAACUAUUUUGUCAUCACCUACCCACUGAUGUAA